AAUCUAACCUUCAAUGAACCUCUCUUUCUGAAUUCACAUUCGACAUAGUAAAAUUCCUUCUUCAUUAAGAAUGUUUCAUGUGUAAAUGUUGUAAAUACUUCAAUGUACUGAACUAUUAUAAAACAUUUUGUCUUUAUUAUAAAUUAAAGUUACAAUGCACAACACAAUUUCAAGAUGAAACUGGUGAGAAAAAUUGUCGACAAAGAUGGAGAAGGGAGUGUAUCUCUCAUUCCGGAGAAUACAGAAGACGUGUGGCAUGCUUACAAUUUAAUAUGUGAAGGAGAUCAUGUCAGUUGUUCAACUAUCAGAAAAGUACAGACUGAGUCAUCGACUGGAAGCUCCAACAGUUACAGAGUGAGAACCACUCUUACGAUAUGCGUCGAAGGCAUUGAUUUUGAUACUCAAGCUUGUGUCUUAAGACUCAAAGGACGAAAUAUCGAGGAAAAUAAAUAUGUUAAGAUGGGAGCCUAUCACACUUUAGAUGUAGAACAAAACCGAAAAUUUACUCUAGUUAAACCCAAAUGGGAUUGUGUUUCAUUGGAACGAGUUGAUUUGGCCUGCGAUCCAACUCAAAAUGCUGACGUGGCUGCCAUUGUAAUGCAAGAAGGAAUAGCUCAUAUUUGUUUAAUAACAUCUAAUAUGACAUUAGUUCGUGCGAAAAUAGAUCAAGUGAUUCCACGGAAAAGAAAAGGACACGUUUCCCAACAUGAAAAGGGUUUAGCGAGAUUCUACGAAAGUGUAAUGCAGGGAAUAUUAAGACACAUUAGUUUCGAUAUAGUGAAAUGUGUCAUCAUCGCAAGUCCCGGCUUUGUCAAAGAUCAAUUCAUGGAUUACAUGGUCCAACAAGCAAUUAAGUCUGAUAAUAAAUUGAUUUUAGAUAAUAGAAGUAAAUUCAUGCUCAUCCAUGCGAGUUCAGGUUUCAAACAUUCACUGAAAGAGGUUCUAGCCGAUCCAGCAGUUGUGUCUCGUAUUUCGGAUACUAAAGCAGCAAGUGAAGUGAGAGCCCUGGAACUUUUUUACACAAUUUUACAAACUGAUCCCGAACGUGCGUUUUAUGGCAAAAAGCAAGUUGAACGAGCAAAUGAAAGUCAGGCUGUUGAGACACUUCUUAUUUCCGAUAAAUUAUUUCGUGCUCAAGAUGUUGCAUUGAGGAAAGAAUACGUGAAUCUCAUCGAAGGAGUUAGGGAUUCCGGAGGAGAUGUUAAAAUGUUUUCCAGUAUGCACAUAUCCGGAGAACAAUUAGAUCAACUUACCGGAGUGGCUGCUAUUUUACGAUUUCCAAUGCCAGAACUCGAAGAUGAAAGUGAUGAUGGAAGCGAUUCAGAGUAGACUGAUUUGAGAUAUUACCUUCUGCAAAGAAUUCAGUUGUUUAUUUUUGUGCUGUGAGCAUUAAAAAUAUUUGUAAUAUAAUAAAUGAACUAAAAAUAAAAACAUAAAUUUUAUUUA